AUGUCAGCAUCCUCUUCCAAUUCUCACAGCAAUCAUGCUGUCGAGGCCGAGUCCAGUCGCAAUCCCUACGAAUCGCCAUACCUCGAGUCUCCACUCAACGACGACCCUGAUGGUGACGUGAAUGCCCACACGUCGUCCAAGUCCAACUUUCGAACCUCGUCUGCUGCCUAUCUACCUUCACCAUUGUCGACCAGUCGGAGUCCAUCGCCUGCAUAUGACCAUGAUGCUUCCAAUCUACAACAACGCCGUGUGAGCUCACGUUCGCCCGUCCAGCCCACCACUGCCAACAUUCUCUCUUACCUCAACACUCCCGCCGUCGCACAAGAUGCAAAGGAUCCCUCAGCACUCGACUGGUACGUUGGGGGUCCAGGCCGUCGCGUUGGCUACGACAACUUGACUGCCAUUGACUGGAUUUUCGAGUAUGCAAAAGAAAGACAGCGCCUGAGAGUAUUGCGAUCCAAUGCUGUCGGGUUGCUAGGAAACUUCCAGCUACUAGCCGAUAGCAGUCAGACAUGGAUCAUCUUGGUCGCUACUGGAAUUGCUGUCGGUACCAUCGCUGCUGCUAUCGACAUUACGAGUGGCUGGUUAGGCGACCUCAAGGCUGGUUAUUGCAGUAAUGUCAAAGAUGGAGGAAAGUUCUAUCUCAAUAAAGGCUUUUGUUGCUGGGGCCAGAAAGACUACGAGACAUGUCCAGACUGGCAGUUGUGGAGUCAAGGAAUGGGUGUCUCUUCCAGUGCUGGUAGCUGGAUCAUCAACUUUGUCUUGUACCUUGCUUAUUCGCAAAGUGGUAUACCCGAGAUCAAGACUGUCCUCGGAGGCUUCGUGAUCCGUCGCUUCAUGGGCAUCUGGACCUUGGUGACCAAGUCUGUCGGCCUGUGUCUUGCGGUAGCUUCUGGUUUAUGGCUUGGCAAGGAAGGCCCCCUGGUCCAUGUCGCUUGCUGUUGCGCCAACCUGUUCAUGAAGCCUUUUGAAAGCAUCAACGGCAAUGAGGCUCGUAAAAGAGAGGUUUUGUCUGCUGCGUCUGCCUCUGGAAUCUCAGUCGCUUUCGGUGCACCUGUUGGUGGCGUGCUAUUCAGUCUCGAGUCUCUUUCUUACUACUUUCCCGACAAGACCAUGUGGCAGUCGUUCGUCUGCGCCAUGAUUGCCGCCUUCACCCUCAAGGCUGUCGAUCCUUUUCGUACAGGCAAGACUGUGCCCUACUCUGUGACCUACCAUACUGGCUGGCAUGGCUUCGAGAUGGUCGCUUACGCCAUAAUUGGUCUUCUCGGCGGUCUUUAUGGUGGAUUGCUAAUCAAGCUCAACAUGCGUCUAGCAGCACUUCGCGACUCACCCCGCUACCCGCUCAAGGGUCGACCUUUACUAGAGGUCUGCGUUAUCACCAUCGCCACUUCUGUCAUCGCCUUCCCUGUGACCUUCCUGCGCGCUCAAGCUUCUGAGCUGGUCUACUAUCUNUUUGCAGAAUGCAAGGAUAUUCAGUCUGAUCCUCUUGGUCUGUGCAAGAGCGGAAUUGCUAACACCGGUGUCAUCUUCCUGUUGCUCAUCUCCGCCGUAAUUGGCUUCUUCUUCACAUCAUUGACUUUUGGUCUUCAAAUCCCUGCAGGUAUCCUACUGCCAUCCAUGACCAUUGGUGCUCUUUAUGGACGCGUCAUUGGUCUCAUCGUCGAGGUCUGGCAACGCGAACAUCCUAAGUGGAUCGUUUUUGCUUCUUGCGAGCCCGACGUUCCGUGCAUCACUCCAGGAACUUAUGCUAUCGUCGGCGCAGCUUCUGCUCUAGCGGGUGCAACCAGAAUGACUGUCUCUAUUGUGGUCAUCAUGUUCGAACUGACGGGUGCUCUUACCUAUGUCCUCCCUAUCAUGAUCGCGGUGAUGAUCGCGAAAUGGGUCGGCGACGCACUGGGCAAACGAGGUAUCUACGAAGCCUGGAUCGCAUUCAAUGAAUACCCCUUCCUCGACAACCGCGACGAUAGACCAAUCCCCGACAUACCAGUCUCGCAAAUCAUGACGAGAUUGGAAGACCUUGUCACCAUUACCGCUGAAGGCAGCACCAUCGAAACUCUAGGCAAUCUACUCCGAGAACACUCCUACAGGGGCUUCCCAGUGAUAUCGAAUUCUCACGACGCGAUCUUACUUGGUUAUAUCUCAAGGACAGAGUUGUCCUUUGCAUUGUCUUCUGCAGUCAAAGCUAGAAACUUGCCACCACAUACUCAAUGUUUCUUCUCUCACCAACCCCUUGCCGAUAUCGAACAUAUACUCGAUCUGCGCCCUUGGAUGGAUCAAACUCCCAUCACUCUCAACUCUGCAAUUGGACUGGAGUUGUGUGUCAACUACUUCCAACGCUUGGGUCUGCGCUACCUAGGGUUCUGCGAUAGAGGUGUGCUGAAGGGUUUGCUUACCAAAAAGGACGUCUGGUUUGUUGUGAAUGGAGGAGACGAGAGUGGAGGGAGAGUUGCUGGUGCCAGAGAGGAUGAGGACGCACAUAUGAGGGUCAGAGGUAUCGGUGCUGGUGUGCUCAGGGAAGGCGAUGAAGGUGAAGAACGAGGGCUUCUUUAUGAGGGCAGAGGAGGUGCAAGUGAAGAGCACGAUAUCGAUCUCCAGGAAAGUAGAGGACCGGCGUAA